CGGCACCCUAGCCAAACUGUCAAUCUCAGUGCAGCCAGACAGACAUCAGCCCAAUGGCUGCGUCAUUGUUGGCAGAGUGUAGACGGCUGCGGUGAUUGGUCUUUGCAGCGAGAAACUCUAGUGCUGCUGACUACCUCGCUUUUGUUAUUGUAGCCAACGCGAGCAUAGGCGCUCACAGCGUCUGGAUACGCGCGACAAGAGACAGAACGGGUGGUGAUACACUGAUAAGAGCGGUGGAGACUGGGGGCUAUUAAUAGAAGAACAGAACUUUGAAACUCCGCUACAAUUUCGUCUCACUUGUAUGCAACAAGUUUUCCCGAUUUGUAAGUAGACUGUGCGUUGUGAGUCUGUUGACAGGCAAGCUAUCACUAGGCUAUAGGCAUAGUAUAGCCACUAUUUCAAACUCAUCUGAUUAGAUACACGCUUCCUGAAAUUGGUUAUGUAGACAGAGGGCGACAGUCUCAUCCCACUUCAGUCUGCCCUAAGCGUGGCGAAACUGAUGCCCUCAACUAAUGUGGCUAGACAUUCCUAUUUAGUCUGGAGAAUAAAAUGGUAGAGGCAUAAAGAUCAGAGGACAAUGUCUGUGAAUGCCCCCAAUAGUAAUGAUGCAUGUCUGAGCAUUGUACACAGCUUGAUGUGCCAUCGUCAAGGGGGGGAAAAUGAAGGUUUUGCCAAACGAGCCAUUGAGAGCUUGGUGAAGAAACUGAAAGAGAAAAAAGAUGAGCUAGACUCCCUCAUAACUGCCAUCACCACCAAUGGUGUCCACCCCAGCAAGUGUGUCACAAUCCAGAGGACGCUGGAUGGAAGACUCCAGGUUGCUGGGCGGAAAGGCUUCCCCCAUGUGAUCUACGCUCGGCUGUGGCGUUGGCCAGACCUCCAUAAGAACGAACUCAAGCAUGUCAAGUUCUGUCAGUAUGCCUUCGACCUCAAAUAUGACAAUGUCUGUGUGAAUCCCUACCAUUAUGAAAGGGUUGUGUCACCAGGCAUAGUGGGACUCAGUAUACAAAACACUGGCCCCCCAGGGAGACUAAUCAAAGAGGAGUACAGCCACGACUGCAUCCAGAUGGACGUCCCUCCCUCUAGGAUGCCCUCCCAGUCCAAUCACCUCUCCACGGAUCACUACGGCCAGCCACUGCCCCCUCUUCAGCUCCACCCAGAGUCUUCCCAUCCCACUCCCGUCAGCCACUAUGGCAACAUCCCCCGCUCGCCUCCAGCAACUGUCCCGAUGUUGUCCAUGCAGGGGGGCCAUAAUGAGGGCCUGUUGCAGAUCGCCUCCCCCCGGAGUCUGUCCUCCACCCCUCCCCCCUCCACUCCCAGCCACGGCCCUCCGCAGACCCCCUCCAGUCAGAGCGACUACGGCACCCCCAAACACUCCCAGUCACAGGGCUCCUUCCACACUACCUGGACAGGCUCCAGUACGGCCUCCUAUACACCCGUAGGACCUCAGCAGAAUGGACGCAGUCACCAACCGUCAUCCCAUCAGCAGCCCACUCAUCACUUCUGGUCCCAACAUCACACACCUGCUUCUUUUCCUCAACCAGUAUCCAAUCAUCCAGGUCCAGAAUUCUGGUGCUCAAUCUCAUACUUUGAGAUGGAUAUCCAGGUAGGGGAGAUGUUUAAGGUUCCAGCUAACUGCCCUGUGGUGACAGUGGAUGGCUAUGUUGAUCCAUCUGGGGGUGACCGGUUCUGUCUGGGCCAGCUGAGCAACGUUCACCGUACUGACGCGAGUGAGAGGGCUCGGCUACACAUCGGUAAAGGGGUGCAGUUGGAGUGUCGUGGGGAGGGCGAUGUGUGGAUGCGUUGCCUGAGCGACCAUGCGGUCUUUGUGCAGAGUUACUACCUGGACAGGGAAGCAGGCCGAGCCCCUGGCGACGCGGUCCAUAAGAUAUACCCGGGGGCUUACAUUAAGGUGUUUGACCUAAGGCAGUGCCACAGGCAGAUGCAGCAGCAGGCGGCCACAGCUCAAGCAGCAGCCGCUGCCCAGGCCGCCGCUGUGGCGGGCAGCAUCCCGGGGCCUGGCAGUGUGGGGGGCAUUGCUCCAGCUGUCAGCCUCUCAGCAGCUGCAGGUAUUGGGGUAGAUGACCUGCGGCGCCUCUGUAUCCUGCGGCUGAGUUUCGUGAAGGGUUGGGGCCCAGACUACCCACGGCAGAGCAUCAAGCACACCCCCUGCUGGGUAGAGGUCCACCUGCACCGGGCGCUGCAGCUGCUGGACGAGGUUCUCCACUCCAUGCCCUUGGCUGACCCGGGCCCGGCCAACUGAGUGGGGAAGCCCCUCCUCCCAUCUCCCCUGGUUCAUCUUCUGUCCUCUCCUCCCCCUCGUACAGCAUGCAAUAACAGCCCCACCCAGGCGUGGUACUGUGUAGACUUUGUGUGACUCAUGCAACCAAAGAAAGACACACACACACACACACACACACACACACACACACACACACACACACACACACACACACACACACACACACACACACACAUUUGAAUUCUUUAUUUCAACCCACCAAUCCAUUUCUCACAGACACACACACACAUACACACACACACACACACAUGAACACACUCUUUUCCAUGGGAAGAUCCAGCAGACAGCACCUAUUGACCUGCCCACUAUUUAGUCUGCAGCUGCCGGGUGGAGAAACUGACUCGCUGCCGUGGAGAUGCAGCACCAGCAGCAGCAGCGCCAUGGUCAGGUUUCCACACGUGGCCGUCAGAGUGACCAGUGGCCCAUAACCUGCGGCGGUGAGAUUUUCCUGGUGCAAGCUGGUGGUUAGCCCAAGGUGUACCGGAUCACUCAGGAAACCAGACAAAAUAAUCACAUUUCAACCUUUCCACUGAAUACAACAAACAGCUCAGACUUUGAAAUCUGUUUACCCAUGUGGGAUUAAGUGCUAGUGCUAAGCAACUUCAUUCCUGGUUAAUUCAUAUUUUUCAGGUGAAGUCAAUAUAUUCCAUUAUCUUACAUGGGAAAUGUGAUUUGUCAGUUGAAACAUCCGUGGUAAAACACGACUGUCAGGGAAUUCACUAUUAAUACUAAUUUACUUCCCAUACACCAGAGUUCACAACAGACCGCAAAAAGAAUAACAGAAAAAUGACCAAAAAGCACCUUGUGGCCUUCUUCUUAAGUAUAUAUUGACUUAAAAUGGUUGAUAAUAUGCCAGAGAUACAGCGUGAGGCUAUGCUAAGUAUGUAUCCUAUUGAAAGGGGUGCACCAUCCUCCUUGUAUGUACUUGCACAGGGGAUGGUUGCUGUCCCCUGACACUGUCUCCAUGCAAUUGUCUUUUUUGUUACCAUUAUAGAUGUUGCAGACUCACAUCCAAAGAGCAAGGCAGGCGCACUUUCUUUUAUCAGUCCUUCAGGCUGGUAACUGACAGUGUGACCUUGGCAUUGGAACCAGCAGGCCCACUGAUAUAAUCGAUGCCUUUCUCUCAAAGGAAUGUAGGAUGAUCGUAACAUGACUGAGUGUUAUUGUUGUGGUAGGGUUAAACCAUCUGAGCUGUCCUUGAAAAACCAGGCCCUAAGAUCAGCUCUAUAGUGUGUCUUCUAUCAAAAGAUUCAGCUUUCAAGCGUUCACACCUCUAAGCCAAAAGACAAUAGCUGCCCCUCUUUGCUUUACAUUGUAUACUUGAAUACCAUUGACUGCCAAAGAACCUCCCUGAUGGUAAUGAUAUUAUCACACAUAUAAAAAGCUAAAAGCCCAAAGAUGGAAUGGCCACUACUGACUGCAAAUCAGAAGACCAUCCUUUAGAUUGAACUGCCUUGUCUUGACAUUUCCUGAUAUGUUAUCCCCAUAGCAGACAGUUGAGGGCACUAGCAUUCCACUCCUCCAUCUAGACAUAACCUCAUCUGAACAAGUGGCAUUACAACAGAAGAUUGCUGGGAAGCCUUUAAUGUUGUCCCUACUUACACAGAACUUGCCAUUUUGCUUUGUCAAGGAGUAAGUAGCCCACAGAUGUGGCAUUACAACAGAGGAUUGCUGGGAAGCCUUUAAUGUUGGCCCUACUUAUACACAGUACUUGCCAUUUUGCUUUGUCAAGGAGUAAGUAGCCCACUGUGUACGCACAUGGAUGGUAUCUGCAUUCUGAUCACACUGUGCCUUUAAAAGGUAUUAGUCUGUAUAUGCAACAUUCUACUCUCAUGUAUUUCCCCCAGUUUGUUUCAAAGGCUUUAUUUAUUUCCCUUGAAUUGAAAAUAUAAAUUGACGACAAAUCGUUAUGGCUUGUGACCAAAAUAAUGAAUUAGCCUAUGGCCUACAGUGCCUCGAAUGAUAAUAAUAGGCCUAAUAUUUUUUUACGGAUGAUGUGACUGUCCAUUAUUGUGUUAUGCCAUUUACAUAAGUGUGGACUGUAAUUUAUGUAAUCAGUGUUAUUUCAUCUUUUUAAAUAAACCUGAUGGUGAAACAA